CCGCAGCGAGUGAAGUACUGAGAGCUGGGAUUGAGAGUGAGGGUUUGUUGACCUUCGAGUGUUGUUUGCACCUUGAUAGUCCAGGCGAAGACGGGCUAGGAUGAGGCAGGUGCUGCAGGUGGUAGCUUUUUUCAUCUCUCUGGUUUCUGCCUGCUUCCUUAUUGUGGCCACAUGGACAGACUGUUGGAUGGUGAACGCAGAUGAUAGUUUGGAGGUGAGCCAGAAAUGCCGAGGACUCUGGUGGGAAUGUGUCACAAGUACAGUCGAUGGGAUUCGAACAUGCGAUGACUACGAUUCAAUUCUGUCCGACCUUCCCUUGAAGUUGGUGAUGACGCGGGCUCUGAUGAUCACUGCGGAUAUCUUGGCUGGAUUCGCCUUCAUCAUCCUUAUCCUUGGGCUGGACUGCACCAAAUUCCUCAAGGAUAAUCCAGCCAUUAAACUGAAGAUAUGUGUUAUGGCAGGAAUUACCUUGCUGCUAGGAGGAAUUCCAGGGAUGGUUGGCUCGGUUUUGUAUGCUGUUGAUGUGUAUGUGGAGCGAACUACAUUGGUCAUUCAGAACAUCUUCCUGGGCAUCCAGUAUCAGUGGGGCUGGUCUUGCUGGCUGGGCAUGGCUGGAUCAAUGGGCUGCUUCCUCUCAGGGUCUGUCCUUGCCUGCUGCCUCUACCCUUUUAAAGAUACAGGUUCCAGGAGGAAUCAUUUCAUCUAUCAACCUGGCAGGAGUGCCAUUGGAAAGAUGUAUGCCAUUGAUUCACGCGUGUAGACAACCAGGAAGUUGCACAUAUCCCCAGCGACUACAGGACUCGUCAUCACACUUUCCAAACAACUGCUGUGAGAUUUUACAUUCCAGUUACACACCUGAUACAAAUUGAAGCUGAAGAAGAGGCCAUUCAGUCCCACAGAUCUCUACCAAUGCUUAUUCUCCACAUCAAUUGUCCCCAAGCAAAUCCCAUUUCAAUAAAGCAAAAAAUCAGCAAGAGGUAUCACAAUGCUUUUUCAUUGAUUGCUGAGCACAGUGGUAUUAUGUGUCAGCAAUAAACAGUCAUAUCGUGUCACCAUCAACACUCCCUGGUUAGGUAUAGCAUGGGAUAAGAUACAGAGUAAAGCUCUCUCUACACUGUGCACAUCGACAUUGGAAACCCUUCUGAGUCUCAGACAAAAUGAAGUGAGGGAACGUGACAAGGCUUGUGGGACUAAGAUAGACCCUUUAUGUACCAGGAAGUAUGAUCAGAUUCAUAGCUGUUGUAAGGUUUAUAGCCAGAU